GACUAAUCAAUUUGAUUAGAAUCUACAUGUGAGAAUUUGCUCUGUUUUUUUUUGUCGUCAUCAUCGUUGUCAUCGACAAUAAAUUUUUCAUCAAAAAUAAUAAUGGCCGCUACAAUUGUCAGCGACAUAAUCAAUUGUUUUCAUUUUGAAAAUGGAAAAAUUGUAUUUCGGCCACCGGGCCGAAAAAAUACAAAUGAUGGCAACAACAAAGAUCCUGGUCCAAAUUUAGGCAAUAUAAUGGGCAUGUUAAGCCAAUUUCGUGGACCAGCUAUGAAUAUUAUCCGUAAUGUUGCUAAUGAAAUUGGAAAAGAAUUAAAAAUUGGUCAUGUUGUUGAAAAAGUGGAAAAAAUGGAUGAAAAAAUAUUGAAUGAAUUAAAGAAUGCACAAUGGAAAUAUCAACAGAAAUCGAAUCUAAUUAAAUCCGAUUGGCGUGAAUCGGUUACAUCGCUUAAACCACAAGAUUCAUUCUAUAAGCUUGGUGAACGAAGAUCUGGUUUAACAUCAAAUUAUUCUGGUCCACCACAAGAUUUUGCCAAAUUAAAAGAACGAUGUCUACUUGAAGGACAGCUAUUUGAUGAUCCAGCAUUUCCAGCUAUCGACCAAUCAUAUUAUCUUCAUGGACGUGGUCCACGAAAAUUCAAAUGGUUACGACCACAUCAGAUCGUUAAUCAUCCUAAAUUUAUUAGCCAUGGUGCAGCUCGUUUUGAUGUUAAACAAGGUGAACUUGGUAACUGUUGGUUUUUGGCAGCUGUCGCCAACUUGACUAUGAAUGAAAAAUAUUUUGAUCGAGUGGUUCCACCGGAUCAAUCAUUUGACAAGAAUGAUUAUGCUGGUAUAUUUCAUUUUCGUUUUUGGCAAUAUGGCAAAUGGAUCGAUGUUGUUGUUGAUGAUCGAUUACCAACAAUUAACGGUAAAUUAGUCAUGAUGCACUCUGAAGAGGUGAAUGAAUUCUGGGGUGCUCUAUUGGAAAAAGCUUAUGCAAAGCUUCAUGGAUCAUAUGAAUCAUUAAAAGGUGGAACAACCAGUGAAGCUAUGGAAGAUUUCACUGGUGGACUUACUGAACAUUAUGAAAUACAAACAGAUGAAUGUCCUCCGAAUUUGUUUACCAUCAUGCAUAAAGCUCAUCAACGUGGUUCAUUUAUGGGUUGCAGUAUUAGUGUUGAAGAUGCAUCACAAAUGGAAGCUGUCAUGCAUAAUGGACUGAUCAAAGGUCAUGCUUAUUCGAUAACAUCAGUUAAAUAUGUACAUGUUGAUCAUGUAAGAGUUCAGGGAAAAUUACCACUAGUACGUAUUCGUAAUCCUUGGGGUAAUGAAGCUGAAUGGACCGGUGCCUGGAGUGACAAAUCACGAGAAUGGACUAUAGUUUCGCCGGAAGAAAAGCAAAGAAUUGGUUUGACAUUCGAUGCUGAUGGUGAAUUUUGGAUGUCUUUUGCUGAUUUUCAGAAAAAUUUUACUAAUAUUGAAAUUACUAACUUGACUCCUGAUUCACUCGAUGAUGAAAGCAAAAAAGCCUGGCAAGUAAAUUAUUUCGAAGGACAAUGGAUUCCUGGUGUUAGUGCCGGCGGUUGCCGAAAUCAUUUGAAUACUUUCUAUCUAAAUCCUCAAUACAUGAUCACAUUGACCGAUCAAGAUGAUGAUGAUGAACUUUGUACAUGUGUUGUCGCCUUAAUGCAAAAAAAUCAUCGUAUUAAACGCAAAAUGGGUCUCGAUAAUUUGACCAUUGGAUUUGUUAUCUACGAAGUAAAUGAAAAUAGUUAUGGUGUAUUGAGACAAUCGAAUGAUCAAGUAAUGUUGACGACAAAUUUUUUCAAAUAUAACGCCUCAUGUGCACGAUCUCCUGCCUUUAUUAAUCUUCGUGAAGUUAAUGGCCGAUAUAGAUUGAAACCAGGCCGCUAUUGCAUAAUACCAUCAACAUUUGAGCCUAAUUCUAAAGGCGAUUUUAUAAUCCGAUUUUUCACCGAAAAACCAGCACAACAUGUAAUGGAAAAUGAUGAAGAAAUUGGUAUCGCCCACAAAGAAGAGCCAGUUUCACCAGAAACUCCAGAACCUGAAGAUAAUACUCCAAUCCAUGAUGGUACUCCAAUCGAUGAAACGAUUGUACAUGAUUUCAAACCAGAUCCGGAUCCAAUUCCUUGUGACGAUAGAGGAAAUGCUUCAAUGUUCAAUUUUGAUUUAAUGCGAAUAAUUAACAUGUGUAUACCGCUUAUUAGCAUGGUUAAUGAAUGUUAUCGUGGAAGAGAUGUGAAUACUGCUGAUUUUUUCAAUACUGCAUUGAAUUCAAUCGGCAUGGGUCAUCAAAAACGAGCUAAACGGGCUACAGAUUUGAGAGAUGGUGUGAAUGACAUUGGAGAUCCGUAUGAUCAACGUCCGGAAGAAAAAUCCGCAUACAAAUUCUUUAGUAAAAUUUCCGGUGACGAUAUGGAAGUUGAUGCAAUGGAAUUACAAAAAGUUAUCAAUCAUGUCUUUAAAAAAGAGCUUAAAUUCGAAGGAUUCUCAGUCGAAUCAUGUCGUUCUAUGAUAGCUUUAAUGGAUACUGAUGCUUCGGGCAAACUUGGAUUUGACGAAUUCGUAAUUUUAUGGCGACAUUUGCGUAAUUGGUCGGAGAUAUUUAAAAAAUUUGACACAGAAAAUAAUAUGGCAAUCAAUUCGGGUCAAUUAAAAGCUGCCUUCCGUGAAGUUGGAAUUAAUGUGAAUAGAGUUGUUUUACGGCUUCUAGUCAAUCGUUAUGGCCAUCGGCCCAAAGAAGCCAACCGAAUCGAAGAUGAAGUCUAUUUUAAUGAUUUUAUUUGCUGUGCAUUGAAAAUGAAACGGUGCAUAGAAAUUUGGAACAGUAAAAAAAUUCGUUCAUCACCUUCAGGACCUGGAUUCGGUGAUAUUGGCAAUCUCUUACCCGGUGCUUUUGGUGCAAUGGGUGCACCACGAGGUUUCGGCAAUGCAUUUUCAACUUUCGCAGGUGCAUUUGGUAAUCAUUCAAUGUUUAAUCGUAUUCGGGAAAAACCAAGAACAAGCAAUGAAUCAUCCUUUACACUUGAUGAGUUCAUUCGAGAAGUGCUAUAUUCAUAAUCAUAUAAUCGAAAUUUCCUUAUUUUUAUCUGGUUUUCUGUGGUCCCAAAAAAACUAUUUUUUCAUCACUAUAUUCUAUAUGGCUACUCUAUAUGGCUAAAAGCAUUUUUAAAUUCUUGCAUUUCAAUUAGCCUAAUCAGUUCUUUUGAUUCUUAAGAUUUUAAUCAUCAUCCAAUCUAUAGUUAAAUAAAAAAGUAUCGUUUCAUUAA